AAUAAGUGGUUCCAUUCAGGUAAGAAUGGAUCUUCGUACAUUCAUUUGCUUGGUAUCGGUGAUUCUGGUGGCAGAUUCUUCUGAAGCAACAAAGAACCACUUUGAAAUAAGCAGCAGUCUGCCGUCUGCCAAAGAAGGGUCCUGCAUUACGCUGACCUUAAGGGUGACAGACAGCUAUUCUCUCACAGAUGGUGAUUGGUUCUGGAUAAAAGACCCGCUCUGGAAAAACAAUGACUUGGAGGACCCCGUCAUUCUCAGCGCCAACUCACACCUUAGGACCGUCCAUCCAGACUUUGCGAGUCGAGUGAAACCCGUGGAUGACCAACGCCUAAGUAGGACUCGAAAGAAUAUUUUGAUCUGCGACCUGAAAAAAAGUGACAGCGGAAACUACGCAUUCCGAUACAUCCAGGGAAACUUUAAAUGGAUCACGGAAUCUGCUGUUGUUGUUGUGGACGACAAUCCCUGCCCGAUCACUUUUGAGAACCCAUCCCCUGUGACGGAAGCAAGCACAGUCACACUGACAUGCUCCACUCUCACCUCAUGCUCCUCUCAACCACAAAUUUGGGCGUCUGAUUGGCCAAUCAAACCCCAGAAGCAAAACGGGAAGACAAGCACUGUCAGCUUUACCGUUGGCCAGCAGGGUGACAGCAGAAAGUUUUCAUGCCAAACGGAGAACAACUCGGACCACUACUUGAUUAAAAACAUCACUUUAGAAGUAGAAUAUGCCCCGAGAAGCACCAAAGUCAAGGUGUCCGAGUCCUUUAUCAAAGAAGGAGACAAGGUCACUCUCAUCUGCAGCAGCGACGGAAAGCCCACCCCCACUUUUACAUGGUCUAGAAAUCUACAAACUCUGUCCACGGAACCCAAGUGGCUCGUCAGUUCCAUCACAGCCGAAAAGAGCGGGACGUACACAUGCGAGGCGAAAAACGUGCACGGAAAGGAAUCUUCAAGCAUCGUUAUUGAUGUUCGAUAUGUCCCGACAGUUGAGAUCCGUCCGGCCCCGACUACAUUCAGGCAGGGAGAUAAAAUGGAGCUGACAUGUAUCGUGACAAGAAGCAAUCCGUCCCCCCAAAGGUACAGUUGGUCCAAAGACGGUAAACCUGUUUCGUGGAGAUCGACGUACGUGGUGGAGUCGGUGCAACCUGAGCAUGCAGGCUUGUAUGAGUGCAAGGCCCAAAACAACGUGGGGAUGGGGACGCCAGCGUCGCAUCGAUUUCAAGUUCAAUACCGUCCGAGGAAGACCACCGUUUCCAAUUCUGCUUCUGCCCGUGUCAAAAUCGGCACACAGCUGACGUUGGAAUGCCGAACAGACGCGAACCCUGCGGCGACAAAGUACUCCUGGUCGCUGCACAAGCAAAGUCAACACGUGCCUUCGAUGCCCACUGGAAAAAGCCUGAAGCUGAGAAGUGUGCAGAGUCGUGAUGCGGCUUGUUACACCUGCAAUGCCACCAAUGCCAUCGGCACCGGAGAGAACAGCGAACCUUUGUGCAUCCAAGUUCUAUACCGUCCAAGCAAACCCACGAUGUCCAUGGAUGCAGUAGUCCGUGAAGGAGAGCUGCUCUCAAUCGCUUGCUCCGUGGAAAGCUUCCCGUCAUCCCACUUAAAACUGUACAGGAUGCCCCGUGGGUCGCCUGUACACCGCGCACAUAGCAACACGCUGUUCUUCCAAUUCAACGCGACGUCAUCCGACGCCGGGGACUACAGGUGUGAGGCCAACAACUCCGAAGGAAAAUCGAGCACACAGCGAGCUUUGGAAGUCAGAUAUGCUCCCAAAUAUGUGACAGUGAAAGCUCUACCAGACCCCAUGGUCAAUGAAAACAUGACAUUGAAACUACAGUGCAGAACCGCGUCCCACCCGGCCGUCACCUCUGUGACCUGGUGGAGGGAGAUUGGUGGGAAGGUCGAAGCCUUGGAGAAGACGGAGACCGUCACCAUAGAGUCCGUCACGCCCUCUGACAGCGGACUGUACUACUGCUCGGCCACCAAUGACAUUGGGACGGGAAGUUCGCCUCAAGUUCAAGUCAUGGUCAAUUACGCUCCAAAGGACACACGGAUAACACAAGCGGCGGAACAGCAGCUCUCAGACGGGAUGAGUUCUGUGGCACUGAGCUGCAGCAGUCACAGUUUCCCACCAAUCAAAGAAUAUUUCUGGUACAAGAAAACGGAGGACAGCGACGGAGCUGACAAAGAAGUGUCUUACUCCCAGAACUUCACGGUCUUUUCGGACCAGCCGGGCAUCUACUACUGCGUGGCCAAAAACGACGUUAAUGACAGGAAGUCGGAACAUGUGAGGGUGUUUCUUGACAAGAGCUUGAUGAGGGCCCUGACGUUCCUCAUCCCUCUUCUUUGUAUCGUCUCGAUUCUGGUUUUCAUCUUCUUCAUGUUCAGACACAGGAGGAAGAAAGCCAUACAACAGAACACUCCGCUCCAAAUGAGUGCCCUUGCCAACAGGAGGACUGACAGUCCAGUGUUUGCAGGGCGUCAUGUUGAGGUCCAGUCCAGUGAGUUGAGGACAAAUUGCAGGGAUACACACACAAUCUACUCAACGGUCAACUUGCCCUCUGCUGGACAGGGUCUUCCCCCAGCAGCCAGCAGCCUCCAGAGUGGACACGGCCAGGACGAUUCUGUCCACUAUGCGUCUCUACAGUUUGGGCGCGAACGAGAAAAAGAUGCGGUGUAUGCAGGGGUACUCAAACCAAAAAGGCCCAAGUAGGUGGGUUUUUUUUCAGUCAAUUCAUCAAAUUAAUUUCAGUGUGUGCUGGUUUAAUCCUCUCCUCAGAAUGUGCCAAACUUUUUCCUCUUCCAGAGCGUUUCUGCUGACCGCAGCAGAUCAGGUGGAGACUCGCAGGUGACCUUCUUUGUAUGCUUUAUUUUCACCUCCACUAGCAUGUAUAAUAAACAUUGUGAACUGAUUAUUCAUUUUAAACAAUUGUAUCCUAACCUGAAAAGCUAACUAUUUUGUACAAAAAUUGUAGCCUACACAGAGUAUGCAUGAAUCUGUCUACAAUAUGUAUUAUUUUUGUAUUAUAUUACACACCAUAAUAACAGGUCCAUCGUCAUGUUUUGAGUCAUAGGGUACAGCAGGGGUGUCCAAACUUUUACCACUGAGGGCCGCACACUGAAAAAUCAAAGCACGCGGGGGCCAUUUUGAUAUAAUUUCAUUUUCAAAACCUAUACAAUAUACACUUUUUUUUUUUUUUUUUACAUUUGGGGCUCCCUCAAGUUAGGUCCUAGGGACCCAGAAGGGUUUCAGUCUUAAAAAAGGUUAGAAAUAAGUCAUAUAUUA